AUGUGGCUGGAAAUCUUCCUUGCCUUGGUGCUGGGCGUUGUCAUCUAUUGGUUUGUCUCCCGGGACAAGGAAGAAACCUUGCCCAUUGAAUAUGGGUGGUGGGGGCCAGGAACGACACCCACCACUGGGGAGGACGAGAGCAUCCGCCCCUUCAAGGUGGAAACCUCGGAUGAGGAAAUCGACGACUUACACUGGAGGAUUGAUAAGACCCGCUUAAGCCGGCCUUUGGAGGACAGCUGUUUCCACUAUGGUUUCAACUCCAACUAUCUGAAGAAAGUCAUCUCCUAUUGGAGGAAUGAAUUUGAUUGGAAGAAGCAGGUGGAGAUUCUCAACAGGUAUCCUCACUUCAAGACUAAGAUUGAAGGCUUGGACAUCCACUUCAUCCACGUGAAGCCUCCAAAGAUGCCUGCAGGCCGUAUCCCGAAACCCUUGAUGUUGGUUCAUGGCUGGCCCGGAACCUUCUAUGAGUUUUAUAAAAUCAUCCCUCUCUUGACCGACCCCAAGAGCCACGGCCUGAGUGACGAGCAUGUAUUUGAAGUCAUCUGCCCUUCCAUUCCAGGCUAUGGCUUCUCAGAGGCAUCUUCAAAGAAGGGCUUAAAUUCCGUGGCCACUGCCAGGAUCUUUUAUAAGCUGAUGCUGCGACUGGACUUUCAGGAGUUCUAUGUUCAAGGUGGAGACUGGGGCUCCCUGAUCUGCACCAACAUAGCCCAGAUGGUGCCCAGCCACGUGAAAGGCCUGCAUUUAAACAUGGCCUUCGUUAUGAAAAAUUCCUUCUUCCUGACUCUUAUGCUGGGACGACGUUUCCAGGGAUUUUUGGGCUGCACUGAGACAGACAUAGAGCGUUUGUUCCCCUUCAAGGAGAAGGUCUUAAACAGCAUAGUGAGGGAGAGCGGCUACAUGCACAUCCAGUCCACAAAGCCGGACACUGUGGGCUGUGCUCUGAAUGACUCCCCUGUGGGGCUGGCUGCCUAUAUUUUGGAGAAGUUUUCCACCUGGACCAAUUCGGAUUUCCGAAACCUGGAAGAUGGAGGCUUGGAAAGGAAGUUCUCCCUGGAUGACCUGCUGACCAACAUCAUGCUCUACUGGACAACUGGGACCAUCGUCUCCUCCCAGCGCUUCUACAAGGAGAACUUGGGGCAGGGCAUAAACGUCCACAAGCAUGAACAGAUGAAGGUCCAUGUGCCAACGGGCUUUGCUGCCUUCCCUUGCGAGUUACUGCACGCCCCGGAAAAGGUGGUGAGAUCCAAGUUCCCCAAACUGCUCUCCUAUUCCUACAUGCCCCGUGGAGGCCACUUUGCUGCCUUUGAGGAACCAGAACUGCUUGCCCAGGACAUCCGCAAGUUUGUGGGGCUGGUGGAGCGGCAGUGA